AUGCUCGAAUACACGGUGGUGCUGCUCAGGGUGGUGCGGCCCCUCCACUACUUCUGGGUGGGCGAGCACCCCCCGGAGAUACACGAAGAGAACGAGCUCAUGGAGAACGAGGCCAGGGAGUACAUGGAGUCGACGGCAGAGAGUCUCAGCCAGGACGGCAUCGACGUCGAGUGGCGCGUCCUCGUGGGCCAUCCGACGACCAUCGUCCUCGAGCACGUGAGGGACAUACCCCACAGCAUCGUGGCCCUGACCACCCACGGACGCUCGGGCUUCAGGCGCUGGCUCAUAGGCAGCCUCGCGGAGACCCUGGUGCGCAGCGGCGGAGACCCGGUGCUAAUCGUGCCGCCUCCGGAGCAACAGGAGCAGAUAAACGGCCAUGCGUGA